AUGACAGAAGGUGAAUAUCCAAAAGCGGAAAGUGGUAGACCAUUUCGACAAGAAGAAAAUAAAGAAUUUGUUACGCUCUUUAAUGAACAGAAAUUCAGACCUAGAACGGCUAUCUUAAAAGUCUGGUUAAAAUAUCCCACCAACAUGUUCUUAAACCCAUACCAGCUAAAGAUAAAAUCACCUUUACGAUUAGAACAGGAAAGAAGGAAACUGGCACUAAAAUCAGAUUCAGAAAUGGAAUUAAGGAAUAAAUACAAAAAAGAAGGAGAUAUGGUUGCCAGUAAUUGCAUGAAAUUAUUAGGUAAUUCCUUAUAUGGAAAAUCUAUUCAGAAGGAUAGAAAUACCUCAUUGCAUUUAUGGAAUGAAGAAACCUUCCGCCGUAAUUACGACAAACACGUCAAGAAGUAUGACAAACUAAAUGAGACUCAAUAUAUCGUUGAGAUAAAUGAAGAAGAAAAAGAAUUUGUUCCUCCAAAGGAUUUUACGCGAUUAACACCCACUCAUCUAGGCACGUUUAUAUUAUGUCACAGUAAAAGAAUAAUGAAUAAUUUUAUUCACGUAAUAGAUGGAUUUUAUAAGCCGGAAAUAUACUAUACGGAUACCGAUAGUUUAUACAUUUCGUCUAGCAAUUGGGAUGAAUUAAAUGAAGCUGGGUUGGUGUCUGAAAACGAAUAUAGAAAAGGGAAGAAUGAUUAUGGUGAUGGAGGAAUCAUAUUUGGUUUAUAUUUAGCGCCAAAAAUUAAAUACAAUAUCAUUCUAACUUCCGAAGGUGUUUUAAAAGAAAUAAAAACGUUUAAGGGUUACUCUAACUAG